ACCCUUGUAUUUUCACUCUCAAAGCUAAAUCGCCUGAAGUCAUCUCUCUCAAACGAUGGAAAAUUUCAAGGGGCAACCUCGUCUUCCAAAAUUCGCGGUACCUAAGCGCUACGAUCUCCAGCUGAAGCCUGACCUCUCUGCCUGCAAAUUCGCCGGCUCCGUCUCGAUCGACGUUGACAUCGUCGCCGAAACUCGCUUCAUCGUUCUCAAUGCCGCCGAACUGUCUAUCAACCCUGGAUCUGUCUCUUUCUCCCCUCGUAACUCUUCUAAGGUAUUUGAUCCGAAAAAAGUUGAGUUAGUUGAAGAAGAUGAGAUUUUGGUAUUAGAUUUUGCUGAGGCACUUCCUCUGGGUCUAGGAGUUUUGGCUAUUGGAUUUGAAGGAAUUUUAAAUGACAGAAUGAAAGGGUUCUAUAGAAGUACAUAUGAGCACAAUGGUGAGAAGAAGAAUAUGGCAGUUACACAGUUUGAGCCAGCUGAUGCUAGGCGAUCCUUUCCAUGUUGGGAUGAACCUUCUUUCAAGGCUAAGUUUAAGAUCACCUUAGAUGUGCCAUCUGAGCUAGUGGCCCUCUCAAACAUGCCAGUAAUCGAGGAGAAAGUUAAUGGGCCUCUGAAAACUGUUUCUUAUCAAGAAUCACCAAUCAUGUCCACUUAUUUAGUGGCUUACGUUGUUGGUUUGUUUGAUUAUGUGGAAGAUCACACGUCAGAUGGGAUUAAAGUUCGAGUAUAUUGUCAAGUUGGGAAGGCAAACCAAGGGGAAUUUGCUCUUAAAGUUGCUGUGAGGACGCUUGAGUUGUACAAAGACUAUUUUGCUGUGCCAUACCCUCUUCCCAAAUUGGAUAUGAUUGCUAUUCCUGAUUUUGCUGCUGGCGCAAUGGAGAAUUAUGGCUUAGUUACAUACCGUGAAACAGCUUUGCUCUAUGACGAGCAACAUUCUGCAGCUGCCAAUAAGCAGAGGGUUGCAACUGUGGUGGCCCAUGAACUGGCACACCAGUGGUUCGGUAAUCUUGUGACAAUGGAAUGGUGGACUCAUUUGUGGCUGAAUGAGGGUUUUGCAACAUGGGUAAGCUACUUGGCAACUGAUAGCAUAUUUCCAGAAUGGAGAAUAUGGACUCAGUUUCUUGAUGAAUUAACCGAUGGUCUUAGGUUGGAUGGGCUUGCAGAAUCCCAUCCAAUUGAGGUGGAAAUAAAUCAUGCUGCUGAAAUUGAUGAAAUUUUUGAUGCUAUUAGUUACAGAAAAGGUGCCUCUGUUAUACGCAUGCUACAAAGCUAUUUAGGUGCUGAAUGCUUUCAGCGGUCACUUGCUUCAUAUAUAAAAAAACAUGCAUACUCAAAUGCGAAGACAGAAGACUUAUGGGCUGCACUUGAGGAGGGAUCUGGUGAACCAGUGACCAAACUGAUGAAUACAUGGACAAAACAAAAGGGGUAUCCGGUUGUCUCUGUCAAAUUCAAAGAUCAGAAGUUGGAAUUUGAGCAGUCACAAUUCUUCUCUAGUGGUUCCCUUGGGGAUGGGCAGUGGAUUGUCCCAAUAACAUUUUGUUGUGGGUCAUAUGACAAGAAGAAAAGCUUUUUGUUGCAAACUAAGUCCGAAAAUUAUGAUGUAAAGGAGUUCGCUUCUGAUAGCAAUAAAAGUGCUUGGAUAAAGCUUAAUGUGGAUCAGACUGGUUUCUAUAGGGUGAAAUAUGAUGAGGAACUUGCCGCUAGACUCCGCUAUGCUAUAGAAAACAAAUACUUGACUCCAACUGACAGAUUUGGCAUUCUUGAUGAUUCAUUUGCACUUUGUAUGGCACGCCAGCUGCCUUUGACUUCCUUGCUUACCUUGAUGGGUGCCUACAGAGAGGAACUUGACUAUACCGUGCUGUCCAACUUAAUUAGUAUAACAUACAAGGUUGGGAGGAUUGCAGCUGAUGCAAGACCUGAGCUAAUGGAUAACAUCAAUCAAUUUUUCAUUAACAUUUUCCAAUAUUCUGCUGAGAAGCUCGGUUGGGAUGCUACACAAGGUGAGAGUCAUCUGGAUUCAAUGUUGAGAGGAGAAAUUUUGACUGCGCUUGCUAUGCUUGGACACAAGGAGACAUUGAGUGAAGCAAGCAGACGAUUUGAUGCAUUCUUGAAAGACAGAAACACACCACUCCUCCCCCCAGACACAAGAAAGGCAGCAUAUGUAGCUGUCAUGCAGACAGUCACCUCCUCCAAUAGAGCUGGUUUUGACUCUCUUUUGAAAGUUUAUAGAGAGACUGAUUUAAGCCAGGAGAAAAUCCGCAUUUUAGGUUCAUUGCCAUCUUGUCCCGAUCAGGGUAUAAUUAGUGAAGUUCUAAAGUUUUCAUUGUCUCCUGAGGUUCGCAGCCAAGACGCUAUGUAUGCACUUGCUGUUAGCAAGGAAGGUCGUGAAGUUGCCUGGACUUGGUUCAAGGAAAACUGGGAUCUCAUUUUAAAAACCUACGGUAGUGGAUUCCUGAUAACACGUUUUGUCAGUGCAGUUGUCUCACCGUUUGCAUCAUUUGAAAAAGUGAAGGAAGUGGAGGAGUUCUUUGCCAACCGAUCAAUGCCUUCGAUUGCAAGGACAUUGAAGCAGAGCCUGGAGCGGGUUAACAUUAAUGCCAACUGGGUUAAGAGCAUUCAGGCAGAGCAAAAUCUGGGUGAGGCCAUACAGGAGUUAGCUUACAGGAAAUACUAAGGGAUUUGUCUUUGUUUUUACUAGAGAUCUAGUAUGGAAAGUAGUUGUGGUGGCUUUUUACUGUUAUACUUUUUUACUAAACUGAAUACUCUCUAGUAAUAUCAUGAAUAAUAAUCAUCCUAAUAAAAACAAUGUAUUAGGCAUUAGUUAUUAGUUAUUUUUAGUUGUUACCUAUUGCUUCCUUUUUAAAUAUUAGUGGUGCCUUUUGGAUUGGGUCUGUCCCACAUCUAAAUCUGGGAUAAUUUUAAUAUUUGCAUUCUCUUAGGUAAUGGUGAUAUGAGAUUUAUGACUA